AUGGCCGAGAACACCUUUGCAGGGGCGGAAGAGAAGCGAAUGGCUGGCCAGGGGCUGGAGACAUGCAGCCCCAGGCCAGCCUCUGCCCUGGCUGGCAGGAAGAUGAGAGGCAGCCCAGGCACACCAAAGCUCCCCCCGGGCUGGAGGAGAGCAAGCCAGCGAGAGGUGAGCAGCAGCCAGAGAGCCAGCAACGCGCCCAGCGACAGCCACAGCGCGAUGGGGCCCCUCCCAGCUGCAGGCAGGGGCCAUGCCAGUUGUGCUCUGCCCAGAGGGAGCACGGGGAAGCUGUGUCCCGAGAACGCAGCCCGGGAGCGCAGCCGCGUGCGGACCCUGCGCCAGGCCUUCCUGGCGCUCCAGGCUGCGCUGCCCUCGGUCCCGCCGGACACCAAGCUCUCCAAGCUGGACGUGCUCGUCCUGGCCACCAGCUACAUCGCCUACCUGACCCACACCUUGCACCAGGGCCAGCCGCCCCCCGAGGCAGCCCCACUGGUGAGGGCGCCCAGCUUCCUGCACCCCAUGAAGAAAUGGCCCAUGCGGUCCCGCCUCUACGCUGGAGCCUGGGGCGCGGACGUUGCUGACAUGCCUGCAGCUGCCCCCGCAGUCCCCAGCAGCAGGAUGAGGACGGGCUGUGAGGGGGGCAGCCCGGAGGCUGGCGGGGCAGCCCUGUGACACCUC